AUGGUCGGAGCUAUCGUGCUGCAAAUCGGGACCGGUUUUGCCCGUGUUCGCGCGUUGGAGGCAAAAUCCAACAACUUCUCGCUCUUCCACCGGGUGAACAAGCACUUCCAUAUCUCGGCGGGAUGGUUCGCCUACGCUGCAGGACUCGUCCAGUGCUACAGAGGUCUCGAGUUAGUCUCUGGCUCCGACAAGCUCAUAUUCUCAGCGGUAGACAUCAACUUCACCUUUUUCACUAAGGGUGCCGCCCGGCUGUGCUGCUUCGUGGAGCUGGUCAACGAGAAAUUCACCGACGAAGCUAUCCAGCAAGAGGUGGACAACCGGCUCAUGCCCAGAACGGAGGAGCUGCCGAUCUACACCAUGCAGGAGUUCAACGACAAGGUCUUGAACGGGCGGUCGUGGGUGAUCGUCGACGGCGCGGUCCUCAACGUGAGCGACUUCGCGAAGCGGCACCCCGGUGGCAUACGCCUCAUCAUCAACGCCAUGGGCACCGACGUGACGUCCGAGUUUUUAGGGGAAAACGCCUCCGUUGGAAACCCCGGAACGGUCUACAAACCCCACCGUCACACUGAUACUGCCCUCGAGAUCGCUAGGAGCCUCGUGGUGGGGUACAUCGAGGAAGAGGAUGACAUGGAAGAGACCUACACAAGCGAAGCCGAAGCCGAGGGCGGCGGCAGCCGGGGUGGCGGCGGAUUCGGCGGCGGCGGUCGUAGCGGCAGUGGCGACGGGUACGCGUCCGACUACCGACGGAAGGCUUCCCUGUCCAGCUCCGGCGCCGCCAGCGACGGCAGCAGCGCCGAGGCAGGCGCUCCGGCGACGCUCCCCACCUGCAGGAACUCCCGCUCCAACGCCCGCCGCUCUUUUUUCUCCUCCACAACCACGACUCCCCGCGGCUACUCCGGCUCCUACCGGGCGUCCACGCCCGCGCGUGAGCAGACCGCCAGCCUCGGCCGUCCCGCGCCCUUUCUCGACAGCGACGACACCGGAAAGAGCAACGACAGCGAUGAUAGUUAUUCCGGCAGGGGCGGUUCUUCCGGUGGCGUGGACGGCGGCGGCGGCGGCGGCGGGGAACGGUUGUCCGUCAGGGGCAGGGCGAGGAACAAGUCGUGCAGCGGCUCUGACGAGAGCGGCUCCGACGGCGGCGAGAAGAUGCGCGGUAGAAGUAGUCUCGGCCGUCGCGUGAGCGUCGGAAUCCCGAAGAUUAGCAGGAGCAAGACGGCCGAGCUGCCGUCGGGGGGAGCGGGGGAACCGUCGGCGACCGUGGCUGCGGGAUCGGCGGUCAGGCUUUCUGCGGAGGCCUCCGCCAUCCUGAACGCCCGGUCUCCUCCAGAGGUAUGGAGUGAUUCGUCGGCGAGAACAGGUCGGAGAACGGCAGCCCCGGGGGCGGCUGCAACGGCGGAGGGGGCGUCGCUGACGCUACCGCCUCACCCCGCACCAACCCUCAAGCGUUUCGCGACGGCGCCCAUAUCUACUGUCGGCGGCGAAGGGUGGCAAGGCAAGCCGAAGGAGCUGCUCUGCCCCUUGGCUUCGGAUCGAGCUGUCAGCCCCCGUUGGAUGGAGCCCGCGCUACCGGAGAAGCCGGCCGUCGUUAUCAAGGCCGCGGGGGCGCGCAUGCUCAAGCGGCUGGGUUCACAGAUCGAGUUUUUUGGGGCCAGCGUUGAUGAGAGCGACUCCAAACAGGUGCCAUGUGGCGUAAAGUACAGGAAGACUGAAGUUGUUGUCGGAAAUGUGGGGUAUUCUCUUGGUUGGUUCGACCGCGGUUGGCCCAGCACACCUCUUGAUUGGUCUGUUCCAAUCGCUGCCGGCCGAGACCGAAUGCCUCCCUCAGUGAUCAGUGCCCCUUCAUCGGUGCAAUCUCCGUCCCCGACGUGUGGCGGUGGUGCGAGGGUCUUCCGUCGGAACACUACAGUUCGGCCGUGCAUGGAAGACAGCACGCUCAGAAUCCCGCGCAGGGUGGCGAGAACGAGGAACCCGCUUCAUUCCUUCCACGUGUGCCCCUUGCUGCUGCACGAGAAGCUGUGUGACGGCGGCGGGCGGCCUGUGCACAAGUUUGUGUUCGCCUGCCCGGGAACGGCGGCAGCCCUGGUUGGUUCAAUGGAGGGGGUCUGCCACUUCAACAUGCGGUUGGCUCAAGAGGCGGGGAUGAGACUUCCCCGAUAUCGCCAAAAGCCUGUCUACGUCGCUCGGCAAACCGUGGUACAACGGGCGUACAAUGCUUUCGCGGUACGGGUUCUCGACGAGGAGGGAAAGCGGCGGGUGGUGCCCUCACUCGAGUCGAGCGAGGGCGUCCUGUGCGUGGAGAUGCGGAUCAGGCUUUACCCCGAUGGAUUGAUGAGCGGCCUCCUGGCUCAUCUUAUCAAGGCGAAAGCGAACGGCCUGCUGGAGGUCACGGCCCUGAUAAGCGGCGACCACACCCGUCGCAACAUUCCCGGGAACACCUUCCGUCGCGCCAAGGCCAGGCUCAUGAAGAAGGGGGCCGCCGCGGGCCUCGUCCCGCGGGGCGAGCGAGAGGUCGACAGCGACACAGGGGACGCCAAGAACGACGACGACGACGCCUUGCCAGCCAACCUGCCGCGCCUCUGGUCCGUCAGCGAGCUGUCGCGCGUUUCGGAGGAAGACUCUUCGCACACCGGAGGGAGCAAGAGCACCCGCAGCCUCGGUGUGUUCGACAGCACCGGCAGCAGGGACCUGGAGACCGGCGGCGGCGGCGGCGGCGGCGGCGGAGACCUUGGUCUCGAGAACACCAUCGGCGAGGCGGAGCGGGCGGACGUCGAUGUCCCAUGGUCUGCGAGCGACACCGCCGCAGACACGAAAAGUAAAGCCGGGAAGCACCGUCAGCACGGAAACGGCGGCGGCGGCGGCGGCGGCAGCGGAGGGUCAGCGAUUUCGAGUAGCGGCGCGGCCAAAAAUCCUAGAAGCACGUCCUUUGCCGGUGGCGCCCAUAUCUGGUCGGAGGAGGAGGCGGGGCAGGGGCAGAAGAGCAGGAGUGACAACGACGGCGUACCCAGGGGCACCCUGAUCGCUGGUCGCAGAGGGAGUGGAGGAGGGCGUUUGGUCGACACGGAAUGGGGCAGCACCAGGCGCAAGAGCGCCGCUCGAAAGUCCACAAGUGGCCCGCGCGGUAGUAGUGGCGACGGCCUAGGCGGAGACAGCGCGCGGAGCGGCAUCCGUGUCGCCGAUAGCAUCCAGGCGGCGGGCCUGGACCGUGGACGCUGGUCCAAGAAGAAGGCUCGGGGAAGCAAGUUAAAGAUCUACAGCUAUCCCGAUGGUGAUGAUGAUGAUGAUGGUGGUGGCGGCAGCGGCGGCGGCAGAAUCAAGCCCACCGCCCCCCGGUUCCAUUCUUCUUACCGGUCGAAGAUCGGUACGCGGGAUGGUGUCGCGGACGAUUCCUCGGGCAACGGGCAAGGGCGACCACCCAAGACUGUUGGGGCGCGGAGAAAGGGCAGGCGAUGGGCAUCGAGGGACAGGUCAGCGAUGCGAGCCGCGGGACAGCCGGGAGGAUCGCCCCUCGAUGACGAGGGAUAAGCUACUUGAGACGUCUGAUGCAAAUGGUGUGCAUCGCAUGUCAAGGAUGCGUGCCCCCAUGAUGAUGCUUCAGCAAGCACCUCGUUGGCACCGGUAGCAUGUCCGGAGUAAUAGCGGCCGUACAGUAGACAAACGCUUCCAGCACCCUAACAAGCUGGAAACAUACGGUUCUCUUGAGCAACUCCGCCCAGGUCGACACGUAUUGCCCCACGGUCACAAUAUUUGUCAUGCCCCUCGUUGUCAUUCUUCGUUGCUUGUGCGCAGUCUAACAGUCCAUCGACCCGUACCGCCCAGCGACGGCGUCGGCAUACCCAGCCUUUUUUUGUUGUUUUCUUUUUCCUCCCUCUCGAAUCUGCUCCGCGGCCAAGAGACAAAAACUCGUCUUGUGUCUCAAUGCAAACAAGUAAGGCAAGCACCUGAUCAACCUCCUGUUGUUCUGCGUUCCAUCCUUUUCGCGCUUUCUACCUCCGGUACACCAAUCAAUACCUCGGCACGCUACGCGAACAACAUUGCAAACAUGCCACCACGACGCACGUGAACUACAUAUAAACUCCUGGAUGGUAUAAACUCUUGGAUGGUACACAGUCGGGCACCGGGCUGCAGCAAUCCAAGCUGACGGUGGAAAUCCUCGAGAGGGCUCUAGGCGAGCCUGUCAUGACGGCCGUAGUCGCCGCCAAGAAAGCCGAGGGACGGGUACCGGCGAACUCGGAGCUUCACCCGCCGUACAACCUCAAUGGUAUGACCGACGCUCUUCGCGAGCUUGUCGGCACCGAAACUUCUAGCGGACGCCUCCAGGUGGUUGUGUCCGGGCCAGGGGGCUUCGUGUUCCACGUGGAGGGCAUCCUGGCGGAUCUGCACAUCCCUCCGGAGGCGGUGCUGACCCUCGAUUAGCCUACAGCUACAGUGGAGAGCUACGCCUCGCAGCAAUGGCUUUGGGCGUGUCGGCACAAGUGCCGCUCAGCGACGAUACGUAGCGCAUACACACCCUGCCUGCUGCAAGUUUCGGUGGAUGUAGAGAGAGUGGCCGCCCGUCAAUUGAAGUCAUACGCUAUUUUUCCUUGAUUUUUGGCAUAGGUAGAACGGACACGCGCAAUCGUUGUGAUCUAUGUAGCUGCUUCUGCCAUCGUGCCGUGUUGGAAGGUUGUGUGUAGAUUUUUUUUGCAUCGUUUUUGUUGUUCGGUGUGGUGUUCUGGGCUCCUCGAGUAAAACCUCAAUUAAGCUGCGUGGGCGGUUGGAGCUUGGUAAAUCCCACAGCCGGCUGUCAGAUUUCGAGCUUAGGGAAAGUUUGCAGCUGGGCUGGUCCAAGCUUGGAAACGCGCAGCCGUCAGAUGGCAGCCAGUUGCCGUGUAAGGAAGUUGUGCGUAGAUUUGUACAUCGUUUUGUUUGUUCGGUGUAGUGUUCUGGGCUCCUCGAGUAAACCUCUUAGUUAAGCUGUGUGGGCAGUUGGAGCUUGGCGCACAGCCGGCAGUCAGCUUUUCGAGCUUGGGGAAAGUCUAUUUACCGCUGGGCUGGUCGAAGCUUGGAAACGUGCAGCCGUCAGAUGGCAGCCAGUUGCCGUGCAGGGAAGGUUGUGUGUAGAUUUGUGCAUCGUUUUACUUGGUCGGUGUGGUGUUCUGGGCUGCUCCUCGAGUAAAACCUCUGGUAUUAAUUAAGCUGUGUGGGCGGUUGGAGUUGAUUUUGAGCUGCACCCCAAACGCUAGUUGUCUCCCUC